GUGCGUGUGUGUGUGUAGAAUGUGUGUGCUGGGUUACAAGGUCAAGUGCAUCUCUUGCUGUGGUUUGUGGUCAGAGAGCUUAAAGGCAGGGAGUUGUGCCUCGAUGCCUGGAUUCUGGAUUCAGACCGCCCUGACUUGCUGUAUGAACUUGAGCGACUGUGUUGUAGCCUCUCUGGGCUUCGGGUGCUGUGAAAUGGGUUGGCGGCGCCAGGCCCGUCCGAGCCUCCUGAGCCCAGAUGGGAUUGAACUUGGAAACAGUUCCGAGGCGUUAGAAAUGAGAGUCUGCCUUGUUGCUGGAGUGAGUGGGAAGCGGUGGGGGCUAAGGAAAAACGCUGCCUGCGUUCUAUUCCCGCCCCAGAGGGAAAUAUCAACAGCCUCUGAGUCAGGCACUUGUAGGAAAUGAAACAACCUUGUUGAAAGAAUGUGGAGGUUGGAGCAGAGAAAGGAAGAGAAAUUGGGUCUGCAGGAAACUCCCUGCUCUGUGGGCUCAGGGCUCCCGCGAGCAGGGCCACCCUGGCACGGUGAGCAGUGAUCUGUGUGCCCGUGUGCACCCCGUGGAAGCGACCGGCUAGAUCACGUUUAUGUGCCAGCUGUGCUCCCGCACGCGGCCCCUCCUCCUGGCUUGGAACGUGCAAGCGGUCCUUACCUGCGUCAAAGGGCCCUUCCUUCUGUCCUGGGCUGACGUUCUCCUGGUCAUUAAAGUCCUCGGAGACCCCUCUAUGCUGAUGAGCAUUUGUCUACAGGUUUGCAUGUAGGUGUUGGGUUGCCUGUGUGUGAUGUCUGCUCCGUAGCUGGAUGAUAACUGUGUGAACAGAUGCUGUAGCUCCUUGCUCUGCGUCUUUGCCCCGCCCCCUCCACUUGGGGAAGCACGACUGGACACACAGGUUUUCUUCAAUGGGUGCUGAGGGCAUGGGUGACCUGGCAGAGCAUCCUCCAGGCGCAGGGGCUGGCCUGGGGCCAAGCCUGGUGGCCCUCCUGGUGGCAGCUAUAAGGACUGGAGCCUGGCAAGGCCUGGAGGAGGAGGGUGGCUGCUCAGUGCCAUAAAGACAAACAGGAAGAGAGCGUGGCGUAAAGGACAAUGCGGGCCAGCCUGAGUUCAGAAGCUCACCCGCCGCCAAGGAGGGGCAGCCUGUGAAGGCCAUGGCGGCAGAGAGGCCCACUUCCUGAGCCAGGAGGGGUGAGGCCCCCGCCGGCCCGAAGAUGGGGAACAUCACUGCGGACACCGCCCGCCCGAACUGUACCAUCGACCACACCAUCCACCAGACGCUGGCCCCCGUGGUCUACGUCACCGUGCUGGUGGUGGGCUUCCCGGCCAACUGCCUGUCCCUCUACUUCGGCUACCUGCAGAUCAAGGCGCGGAACGAGCUGGGCGUGUACCUGUUCAACCUGACCGUGGCCGACCUCUUCUACAUCUGCUCGCUGCCCUUCUGGCUGCAGUACGUGCUGCAGCACGACAACUGGCCGUACAGCGACCUGUCCUGCCAGGUGUGCGGCAUCCUGCUCUACGAGAACAUCUACAUCAGCGUGGGCUUCCUCUGCUGCAUCUCCAUCGACCGCUACCUGGCCGUGGCCCAUCCCUUCCGCUUCCACCGGUUCCGCACCCUGAGGGCGGCCGUGGGCGUCAGCGUGGCCAUCUGGGCCAAGGAGCUGCUGGCCAGCGUGUACUUCCUGCUGCACACGGAGCUGGUGGAGGACGAGGACCAGCACCGCGUCUGCUUCGAGCACUACCCGCUGGAGCCCUGGCAGCGCCGCAUCAACUGCUACCGCUUCCUGGUGGGCUUCCUCUUCCCGCUCUGCCUGCUGCUGGCCGCCUACCGGGGCAUCCUGCGGGCCGUGCGCCGCAGCCACGGCACCCAGCAGAGCCGCAAGGACCAGAUCCGGCGGCUGGUGCUCAGCACCGUGGUCAUCUUCCUGGCCUGCUUCCUGCCCUACCACGUGCUGCUGCUCGUGCGCAGCCUCUGGGAGUCCAGCUGCCAGUUCGCCCAGAGCGCCUUCAACGCCUACCACUUCUCCCUGCUGCUCACCGCCUUCAACUGCGUGGCCGACCCCGUGCUGUACUGCUUCGUCAGCGAGACCACCCACCGGGACAUGGCCCGCCUGCGCGCCGCCUGCCGCGCCCUCCUCACCUGCUCCAGGACCCGCGGGCCCCGGGAGGCCUACCCGCUGGCCACCCCCGAGGCCUCCGGGGUGAAAAGCGAGGAGCCCGAGUUGUUACGGAAGCUCCAGUCGACCUUCCAGACCCCUAACUCGCCUACAGGGGAAGGGCUGCCCCCCGCCGGGCUGGCCUAGCCAGAGGCACCCAGGUGUGGGGUGAAGUGAGGUCUGAGCCUGCUGGCCGGCUGGCGACGCUUUGCCAAGCGCGGGCGCCUCUUUCUGCCGGGGCAAGGCCUCUCUGUUCCAGGGAGCGUGCAUUGCUGAGCCCGAUGGGGUGAGCCCGGGCAGUCCUGUCUUCUGUUGCAGGCGGGGCUGAUGGCGGGAGGAAGAAGGUGAACUGUCACCUGCAGGAGGUUUUCAAAGAGAAGCGGGGUGGGGGAGUGCAGGGUGAGAGGACGUGCAUAGAGGGGCGUUGGGAGAGGAGGGUGGGGACUAGGUGUACGCCGGCCAGGGCCUUCCAGUGCCGUUGCUGCCAUAGAGGGCUCCUGUCCAAACGAACGGUGUCAUCCAAGGAGGUGAGCAAAGCUGCACUGUCAUCAUGAACACUAGCCCCGCCCACAAGGGGCUCGGAAGGAAGAGGAGUGGGGCCAGGAGGCUGGAGGGGAGCAGGAAUGGGGGGAAGCAUCUGGGGUGCUGGUAGUGUGCACAGGGGACAGUGCAGAAGUGGCACACAGAGCGGAGACCCCAGCACACCAUUGAGUAGGGAGAGCCGAGCAGGUGCCCCAAGCUCCAGGGCUGAUGGAAAACCGGACUUGGGGCUCCCAGUCCGAUGUCUGUGGCCCUUUAAACAGCCCUGAAGCACACGUGUCAGGACAGAGGCCUAAAGCCCCGGCGUCUAAUCACGUUCCCCACACGGAUUCCUCCGCUUCAGUGUUGUUUCCAUCUGCCCAGGAGCACCAGCCCUGGGUGUGUGUGUGUGUGUGUCCAUGUUUAAAAUGCCAGGGUCUCCAUGACAGCUGUGUGCCAAGACCCUGAGGCUAGGGUCACGUGACUAUUGGCAGUGUCCCCCACGCCCACCCCGGCCUCUGCCUCCGCCCCUUGCCACACCCACAAGGGACUGUCUAAUUCUCAGAUACAACAAAACAAAACAGAUGCAUUCUCUGGCAUCUCUCAGUCUCUGUAACGGAGAGAGGAGGUGUCCCUGGGCUCCCCUCGCCUCCUUUGUUGUCCUGCACGGCUCGGCCAGAUCACCCACCUCAGCCACCUGGAGCGUGAGAGUGGGCCCGUGGGCCACAUGUCGCCCAGGGUGCUGACCGCCACCUUCCGCCCUGUCCUGGAAGGCUCAGCGCCCCUGCAGCUCUGCCAGGCAUGUGGAGCCCCUGCCCUGGCACUCAUACCAAGGACCAGAGAGCUUACUCCUGCUCCAGGGACCUGCCCACUUUAACAGACAUGCUAGCCCUUCAGGUGGCCUGGUCGAUGGCUGGGGCCAGCUCUCGCGUCCCUGGGAUUUGAGUCCCUCACACACAAGGGGACAGGUGGGCUCAAGUCUGGGGAGGGACGAGGGCUGGGGAGAUGGAAGCUGGUGCCAGUAGAACAACUGUGGAAUCUGCUAAAGGCAGGGCCAGGAAGAACGUCUUCGAUCUUUCUCCCCACAUCCCCACCCCUCUAUUUGCCAGGGAUGCCCUAGG